UUUCCUUUUGGAUAAUGCGUAAUUAUUAACCAGGAGCUUAUUGUAAGGAUCUUUCAAAUUAAUGGAGAAAGACACGCAUUUGUCAAUGCUGGAAGGCUAACUGUAAGUGUAAUGAAACUAUCCAGCCUGUGUUAAACAACUGGAAAGUUCCUGUUUGACCUUAAAAUCUGUCAGGUUUAACAUCAGGUUAGUUAAGGUUUGAAAAGUAACAUAAUUUUUUUUACAGAGAUCUUCCUUUGUCAGUCAGUCAAUGGCAAAAUUUAAUAGAUAAUUCUUGACCUAAAAGGCAAUAUGGAAGUUCUGAGCACUGUGUCUUCCAUUAAACUGAAUUUUAAAAAGAUAUUUGUGAAACUUAGCUGAACAGUUAUUACUUAUGCCAUAAUACAAAAACAGUGUCUUUGAAUAAGAGAACUUUAAAGUUUCAGAAGCUACAAAUAGAUCUGAGAGGUAUAAUUGACUAAAUCUGUGAAGAUCUUUUACUGAGGAUUUCUGCUAGUUUUUGGACUCUUUUGUGUAUUUACUUCUGCAUUGUUAACGUAAUUCCAGUUCUCAUAAAGACAUCAUCUUGAACUGCCCAAGGCAAACGUCUCAAAUAAUGCUACUUUCUAGGCUUCCUGUCUCUGAUUUGUAGCUUAAGUUAUAUGAGUAGGAACAGUUAUAGACAGUUGCUGAUGACUACGAAGUUCUGUAGUAGCAGCCACAAAACUUAACAGAAUCUAAUAACUGAAUUAUCGUGGUUGGAACGGACCUCUGAGAUCACCGAGUCCAACCAUCAGUGCAAAAAAAGAAUAACAAAAAACCCCCAAAACAAACAAACAAACAAAACAGCCGAGAAAUGCCCAAGUAAACACCACACACCACCAAAAAACCCCACAACCUUGGCCACUAGAGCAUGCCCUGAAGUACUACAUCUACACGUUUAUUGAAUACCUCUAAGGGUGGUGACCCAGUCACCUCCCUGGGCAGGCCUUUCCAGUGCCCAACCACUCUUUCAGGAUAGUUCUUCCCAAUAUUCAAUCUGAAUCUCCCCUGCUGCAACUCCAAAUCAUUUCCUCUGGUCCUAUUAUUAUUUACGUGGGAGAAGAGGCCAACACUCGCCUCCCUAUGGCCUCCUUUCAGGUGGCAUGAAACGUCCUGUUUGUAAGCAUAUACAUAAGGAAUGCUCUUGGCACACCUUGAUAAGUUACUUUGGCCUAAACAUCGUUUGCCUCUUGUAAAAACCUAAAUGGCAGCUCAGAAAAGAAAGUCUAUGUUAGUAGAGCCCUCUGCUAAACGUCCAAAGCUGGACAAGAACAGCAAACAAUCAUCAACGAAGAAGGAAAAAGAGGUGUCAGAUACAAAACAUGUUUCAAAUAAAUCAAAGGCUAUUCACUGUGCAGUGCAGGAGAAAACUGUACUCAAAACCUCUGUCAAAUCAAACAGCAACAGCACCAACAAAUCUGAAGUAGGAAUGCGCAUGACUACAAGAUCAUCAGGAUUCAAUUUGAAUAAUAAGACAACACCUGACAGAAAGGUCCAGCAGCAGCCUAAAUCUGCAAAAAAUAAGGAGGUAUGCCAGAAAAAACCUGUGCAAGAAAUUCCUAAGUCAAAAUGCAUAAUUGGGCUAAAUGAGCCAGUGAUGAGGAGAUCACAGAGACUGCAGCAGUUAACAGGUGUACAUGUACCAGCAAGAUCGCUGCGCAGCAGAGAAGUUAAAGAAGAAAAACCCUUGGAAGUUAAACGAAGUAGUCAGACAAAAAAACGUGCUCCAAGUGUUGCAGCAGAAGGCCUUAAAUCUGCUAGAGAGAAAACAGAACAGAAAAACACAAAAAUAAAGCCAAGCAAUACAAAUGAGGGUAAAGAAAUACAUGUGGAAGUGACCAGCUCUCUGAAAGAGAAAAAAUGUGAAGCAAACAAUGAAAAUUAUAAUUCCAACAGCUUUCAGCACAACCUUCAAGGGUCAUCAUUAUGUCCUGACGACAGUUUUGAGGAAGUUAAGAGAGACCAAAUGGGCACUCCUAUUCCUAGCAACACAAAGAAAGUGGAAACAGAUUCUCCUAAGCCAAAUUCUAAGACAGUAACUAAGGAACAGCAACAAAUGCAUUCGAAUGUAAAAACCAGUACAAAGCCUAAAAAGAUUUCACAGCCAACUGUAAGUGAAACAAAUGUGUCUGAUCAGCCAGAGAACGAUGCGAAAUCCAAAAGGGUAAGCAUCCUCGAACUUUGUGAAGAAAUUGCAGGUGAGAUUGAGUCAGAUACAGUAGAGGUGAAAAAAGAUUCCCCUAAUGCUGAGUAUAGCAAAACAGAAGCAGAGCAUGCCAACACACAGCUUCAGCAAAGUGAAUUGCUUACUCAGAAAGAGCCUGGUCAAAGUAGUCAAUGCAAACGUUUUUUUCCUAGCAAAAAAGGAAUGCCUGUCAAAUGCACCCUGAAUGGCAGAAAUAACUCAUCAAACAAGAACUCUAAAUGGACCAAAAUUAAGUUACUGAAAGCUAGUAACACGAAGCAAAGUAACUUAAAUUGUGCAAAUACUCCCAGGCUUUCGUUGUUAAAAGAUUACCCUGAAGUUUCAGAGGCAAGUCAAACAGCUGCCGAAGCAGAGCUUUCGAAGACACAAGGCAAGCCAUCAGUAACAAGACUCUCCGAGAAUGAAAGUGCAGGUUGUGUGCAGGAGAAAUCAGAUCUUUCAUCUGAAAGAUCUGGAGCUAAAGAAGUGACGUUAGAAGCAAAACAGCCCACAAAGAGAGGUGCAGAAAAUGGCUUGUUGCAUAAUUUGACAAAACAUUUAUGUGAGCCAAGACCAGAUGAGAACUUUCGAUUACAUUUGGAAUCAAGUCCAGAAAGUUCUCCAGUAAAGUAUGUUACAGCUCCUAAACCACCAAAACAAUUAAAAAAAGAACCCGGAGAAAGUGAACCUCAAGGUUUGGCUCCCAAGCAAUUGACACAAACUGCCGUUACAAAUCAAACUUCGGAAACUGAGAACAGGGUUCCAUUGUCAAAUCCUUCAUUAGCAUCAAAAGGCAGUAACUUGCUACCAACUGAGGAACACGUUCAGAAGCUAAAAGAAGCAGGAAAAGAUACCGAAAAGCAGAUUAUUAUAGAUGCAGGACAGAAGAGAUUUGGUGCUAUUUCCUGUAAUAUUUGUGGAAUGCUUUACACUGCAUCAAAUCCAGAGGAUGAAACCCAGCAUCUGCUCUUUCAUAACCAAUUCAUAAGUGCUGUAAGAUAUGUGGGUUGGAAAAAAGAGAGAAUUUUGGCUGAAUAUCCUGAUGGAAAGAUAAUAAUGGUUCUUCCCGAUGACCCAAAGUAUGCACUUAAAAAGGUUGAAGAAAUUAGAGAAAUGGUAGACAAUGACUUGGGAUUUCAGCAAGCUCCACUCAUGUGUUACUCUAGAACUAAAACUCUCCUUUUUAUUUCUAAUGACAAAAAAGUUAUCGGCUGUUUAAUUGCAGAACAUAUCCAGUGGGGCUACAGAGUUAUAGAAGAGAAGGUUCCAGAAAUCAGUUCAGAAAAUGAGAAAGUCAUAUUUGAAAGACAGAAAGCCUGGUGCUGUUCAACUUCUCCAGAACCUGCUAUUUGUGGGAUUAGUCGAAUAUGGGUAUUCAGCAUGAUGCGUCGGAAGAAGGUUGCUUCUCGGAUGAUAGAGUGUCUGAGGAGCAACUUCAUAUAUGGCUCAUACUUAAGUAAAGAAGAAAUUGCUUUCUCUGACCCCACUCCUGAUGGAAAACUCUUUGCAACACAGUACUGUGGCACCGGCCAGUUCCUGGUGUACAACUUCCUCAAUGGACAGCACCAGACUUAACUGCUCCCGAAGGAAUUCCCUUUUUACUGGGAGACUUCUGCCAGAACGCACCUUCAGCAGAAGCCAGGGCCAUUUUUAUUACAGUGAACUCAGGACUGGUAACAACCAAAACAGGUUGUAUACUAUUUUAUUAAAAUUGUAAACAAUGCAGUAAUAGGUUAACUUUGUUUUUUUAAAAGAAAGAUAUUUUAUUAACUUUUACAAAAGUUUGAUUGUAUUUUAUCUAGUUAGUCAUGUUUACAUGCAGCAGAAAAAUUGUUCAUAGUGGACUGUAAACUAAUGCAAAGACUCUAGUCUCGCCGCUGACGAGUACCUGCUGAAGUUCUUAACCUGGUGAUAUACCAGUGCCUGAGGCUGAGCUGCUGCCCCGGCCCGGGCUCUGAGGGGCCCAGGCUGACAGUGCCCGGGGCUGUGCUAGGCUGCACGGAGGCAGCAGCGUGACGGUGCAGCCCUGCUGGGGGCGUCCUGUGCCCUCUGGCUGUGGGGGAGCCUGCCCGGUGCUGCUGCCUCGGAAGCUCCUUCUCCACGCCCCCCAGAGUCGCUGUAGAGUAAAAGGUGGGACGCGAACCCCGAGGGCCGGCGCAGUCGUUUUUCUUCCAGUAGUGUACUGAGUAUAUACCUUUGUUAGUGGACUUCACUUUGAUACUUGUCACCCCUUCGUAAAUCUCUCCUCUUUUAAAGGGUUUGUAUGUUGAAAAACUGCUGUGGCCUUUCUCGAUCUGUACAUAAUGUAGAUAGGUUAAAAAUAAAAUACUUGAUAGCUUUUUUUAAAGUUA